UCGGCCGAUACCACAGUAGUGUCGUGCGCGAAAUAGCGGCCAACGGUUGGCGAAACCACAGUGGUGUAUGCAUAGUAUUGCUCUGUUGCCGGCAACGGCACUUUAGUAUCUUUUGCACUCUGUUGGUGUUUUGUUUAAUUAAUAAGUUACAUACAUCAACAAGUUUUUGUUUUUAUAAGAUUUGUGCGACAAGCCAAAUAAUCCGAAUUAGUGCUACCGGCGCCAAGCGAAUAAAUUUUUACGAGACGUGCGGGCGGCAAAGUGUUAAUAAUCCGGACCGUAGAAGUGCAUCAUCGAUCGAUACCCAAGAUAAAAAUUAGUUAUACAAUGGAACUAGCAAGUAUAACGUGGCCGCGAUCUAGAUACGCUUUAAGCUUCCAUUAGAAUUCGGUACUUUAUGAAAGAAAAGAAAAUAUUAAAAAUAUUUAAUUAAUUCGUGAUCCUACUGUUGAUCGUAAAUAUGACAAUUAAUAAACAGCCCGUACUCUCGAUAAAUAAAUAUUAUACAAACGACAAUAAAUUUUAGAUGUACGAGUGUUCGCAGGAAAGCUUCGUGUAAACACGGUUUAGGAAAUAAAGAAGACUGCGAGAGAAAAACUAGCUGACGAAUAAAAUUAAAAAAGAUGAAAAUCGAAGAGACAAGCGAAGAAAGAGAGUUGUUUGAAUCGUUGAUGAACAAGUUAUACCAUGAUGUAAAUUUUCGUAAUAAGAUCGCCAAGCAAAGUUACGACGAAAUGCGAAAAGAGCUCGAAGAUAUGUUAGGGGAACGUCUGAAUUUGAUCUCGGAUAUAUAUUUGGAAAAUUUUUACUAUUCGAAUUUUCUUGGAAAUCACGACAGACCGUCUUCCGAAAAACCCGACUGGCUAGAUUUAAAAAAGUUUCAAAGAGGCCAACAUUUCGCUCGCAAUAAUUUGGCCGGACUUUUCAUAGGAAAGUUAUACGGUUUGCUCUGUCUGCUUUGCCAUGCUGAAGGUCUGCAAACGAUGAUAAUGACGCAGAAAUCUCACACGCCUUAUUUAGCGUUCAAAAGGUAUUUGUCGACCAGUCAACGUAUACGCAACUGGUACACGGAAGAUCCUUGGUGCGAAGAUACGAGAGCGUACAAAGACAUUCAAACGGUCAAGAGAAUGCAUCUUGCUGUGAGCAAAAAAAUCAGUGAACUCGAUUGCAAGGAAAUGGAAUCGAUGAGUACUAUAAAAGAUCCUUACUGUCCGGCCUUUCGAUUUAUAACAGAUGAUUUUUCCAUGAUAUUGCCACCGGACUCGUUGUUGGCUCGUACAUAUGUAGAACAUUCGAAACAUUUGUGUAGAAAUUUAAUGAGAAUUAAUCAGAUUGAGAUGAACUAUACUCUUUUCGGGUUUAUGGGCUUGCCCAUACUUUUCCCUCAUCGUUUUGGUAUUUAUCCGGUGAUAGACGAGGAUCUCGAGAAUUUUUGUUACGUCUGGAGGUGUAUCGGUUAUCUCUUGGGAGUGGACGACAAGAUAAAUAUUUGUCGGGGCAGUUUGAAAGACGUAAAGGGUCGUUGCCAAAGGUACAUAGACGAAUUGGUGAAACCUGCGUUGCAAAGACUCGAGCCACAAUGGGAACAUAUGAUAAGAUGCAUCAUCGAAGGAAAUUCUUAUUUUAUGACCAAUUGUAACUUUGAGACAGUAAUCUUGUGCGUUGCCGAUAUAAUUAACAUCGAAAUGCCGUCUUUGUACUUUUCGUUGAAUUACUAUCAACGGAUCGUCUACUAUUUACAUAAAUAUUUCCUACAAUACGGAUUGCAAUAUUCGUUUAUACGGCGUUUCGUUAAUAAAUUUUUUAAUUCGUUGCUCGACGGUGCUCUCAAUUUCGACGACUCGAAAAUUGCCGAAUUGAAGAAAAAAUCGAUGGAUUCUCUAUUGCACGUUUCCGUUGGCAAAUGAUAUUGCAUUUAUGUACGGAGCGACGCUAAUUUUCGCUAAAUGAGAUGCUAAAAAAAAGAAAAAUAAAUGAAAGUAAAAAUAAAAUGUUUAAAUCUUAUUAUCUUAUUAUUAUUAGGAAUUGUACUAUUAUUAAGAAAAUAAACGACUAUUAUUAAGAAAA